CCCCGCAUGCUGAUGUUUCCCAGCUGCCUCACGAGGCACGAAUGAAGAGAGCGCGCGGCUGCUUAGGCCACCGCGGAGCCUCGCUGCGCCUGCGCGGAGAUCUCUCCCUCCUGCUUUGACAUCUCCAUCGCCGCUCGGCUGCUCUCCGGCCUCUUGCGUGCCAGAGGGGCGCGCUUGGCCGGCCUGGCGGGCGGCGGAUCCCCGGCUGCAGCUGCUGCUGCUGCGUGAGGGAGUAGAAGGAAGGGCCCUUCCCGCGGCGCGGCCUCUCCCGAUGGGCCUCCGCCUGGCGGGGCCAUGGCUGCUCUUUACCAGAGCGCCGACCCGUCGGCCUCGGCCUCCCCUAACAAGCUGCUGGCGCUGAAGGAUGUCCGGCAGGUGAAGGAGGAGACCACCUUGGACGAGAAGCUCUUCCUGCUCGCCUGCGACAAAGGUGACUUUUACAUGGUGAAGAAACUUUUAGAAGAGAAUAGCUCUGGUGAUAUGAACAUAAAUUGUGUGGAUGUGCUUGGGAGAAAUGCUAUUACCAUAACUAUUGAAAAUGAGAAUCUAGACAUAUUACAACUGCUCCUGGAUUAUGGCUGUCAGUCUACAGAUGCACUCUUGGUGGCCAUUGACUCAGAGGUUGUGGGAGCUGUAGAUAUACUCCUUAAUCAUCGACCCAAACGAACCAGUAGACCAACAAUUGUUAAAUUAAUGGAACGUAUUCAGAAUCCAGAAUAUUCAACAACAAUGGAUGUGGCACCAGUCAUUUUAGCUGCUCACCGUAACAACUAUGAAAUUCUCACUAUGCUAUUAAAGCAAGAUGUGUCACUACCCAAACCUCAUGCUGUUGGCUGUGAAUGUACAUUAUGUACUGCCAAGAACAAAAAAGAUAGCCUUCGGCACUCCAGGUUACAAUUUCGUCUUGAUAUUUAUCGAUGUUUGGCCAGUCCUGCCCUAAUAAUGUUGACGGAGGAAGAUCCAAUUCUGAGAGCCUUUGAACUUAGUGCAGAUUUAAGAGAACUAAGCCUUGUGGAAGUUGAAUUCAGAAAUGAUUAUGAAGAAUUAGCUCAACAGUGUAAAACCUUUGCUAAAGAUUUGCUUGCACAAGCACGGAAUUCUCGGGAGCUUGAAGUUAUACUCAACCAUACAGCAAGUGAUGAGCAUGUGGAUAAAAGGGGGCUGUUGGAAGAGAGAAUGAAUUUGAGUCGCCUAAAGCUUGCUAUUAAAUACAACCAAAAAGAGUUUGUUUCUCAGUCUAAUUGCCAGCAAUUUCUCAAUACUGUCUGGUUUGGACAAAUGGCUGGUUACCGUCGCAAGCACACGUUUAAGAAGAUUUUGACUGUCCUGACAGUUGGCAUAUUUUGGCCAAUACUGUCUCUUUGUUACUUGUUGGCUCCAAAAUCUCAAAUAGGCCGAAUAAUUCACACUCCGUUUAUGAAGUUUAUCAUUCAUGGAGCAUCAUAUUUCACAUUUCUCCUCUUGCUUAACUUGUACUCACUUGUCUACAAUGAAGAUAAAAAAAAUACCAUGGGGCCAGAAUUGGAGAGAAUAGACUAUCUUCUACUAUUUUGGCUAAUUGGAAUGGUGUGGUCAGAUGUUAAAAGGCUCUGGUAUGAAGGCUUAGAAGACUUCUUAGAGGAAUCCCGAAAUCAACUUAGUUUUGUCAUGAAUUCUCUCUAUUUGGCAACUUUUGCUCUCAAAGUAGUUGCCCAUAACAAGUUCCAUAAUUUUGCUGAGAGGAAGGAUUGGGAUGCCUUCCACCCUACCCUGGUGGCAGAAGGUCUGUUUGCUUUUGCCAACGUUCUGAGUUACCUUCGACUUUUCUUCAUGUAUACAACAAGCUCUGUCCUAGGGCCACUUCAGAUUUCAAUGGGGCAGAUGUUGCAGGACUUCGGAAAAUUUCUUGGAAUGUUUCUUCUUGUGUUGUUCUCAUUCACCAUUGGGUUGACCCAACUGUAUGAUAAAGGGUUCACUGUGGAUGAAGAAAAGGACUGUGCUGGGAUUUUCUGUGAGCAGCAAAGCAAUGAUACCUUCCACUCAUUUAUUGGCACCUGCUUUGCCCUGUUUUGGUACAUAUUCUCUCUUGCACACGUAGCCAUUUUUGUCACGAGAUUUAGCUAUGGCGAAGAACUACAGUCUUUUGUGGGUGCUGUUAUUGUUGGCACAUACAAUGUAGUAGUUGUAAUUGUCCUUACCAAGCUCUUGGUGGCGAUGCUCCAUAAAAGCUUUCAGCUGAUAGCGAAUCAUGAAGAUAAAGAAUGGAAAUUUGCUCGUGCCAAGCUCUGGCUUAGCUAUUUCGAUGAUAAAUGUACGCUACCACCACCCUUCAAUAUUUUUCCAUCUCCAAAGACUAUAUGCUACCUAUUUAACAGCCUCAGUAAGUGGAUCGGCUCUCAUACAUCAUCUGGCAAAGUCAAGCGACAGAAUAGUUUAAAGGAAUGGAGAAAUCUGAAGCAAAAGAGAGAUGAGAAUUACCAAAAGGUAAUGUGUUGUUUAGUUCAUCGUUAUUUGACUUCCAUGAGACAGAGAAUGCAAAGCACUGAUCAAGCAACUGUAGAAAAUCUCAAUGAGCUGCGGCAAGACUUAUCAAAAUUCCGAAAUGAAAUGAGAGACCUGCUUGGAUUCCGGACUUCAAAGUAUGCUAUAUUUUAUCAAAGAAACUAGGAAUCAAGGUUUUAAAUAAAAUACCUAAAUUUAGACACCUUCAUUGGAAUAUUUUUAUUUUCAGCCUAAAUAAUAAAAGAUGAAAAUUUCUUCUUGCAACAUUUUUAAAAUGCCGUUGCAUGUGAUGCAGCCAAACUCAGUUGUGAAGAAAGUAACCAUUUUUUGUUCUUUUGAGGCUUUUUAUUAAGUAUACAAAAUGUAAAAUUUGUACAUAGUCUGCCAAAUGCAAAUGUUGAGUUUGUAAUGUGUCAUUAACAAUUGGAUCUCAGAAUUUAGGCUGCAUUCCUAACCCUUGGAGAAAGCACCAUUCAAUUCAAUAGGACUUACUUCUGAGUAGAUAAACAUGGUUAAGAUUAUGAUUUGUUUGCACACAUUUGCAUUUUUGAGAAGGAAACAGUAAUUGAAUCUCCAUCCCCAAGACCAGUAUAGGUUAGGCAGCACAAAUAACUAUAUUUACAAUAUUAAAAGAAUUGUUAUCCUUUCAAGUAGAAGUAUAUAUGUGAGGAAGAUAUUGGAAUAAUUUAAAAGAGCACAUUUGUGAAAAGGCUAUCAAUAAAGAUCAUAUAAUACAUUUUUAAAAGCUAUGAAAAGCCAUAUCAUUAUAACAAUAAUAUUUGUCAUUUUUGUACUCCACUCUACUGAAUGAUACCAAAGAUAUCACUUUGGAACUGGACUGAUGGUAAUAUUUUAGAAAAUAGUUGAGUAAAUUGCUGAUAGAUAAUUCUAAGGUGUCAUCUGUGUCCAUGCCUUUUGGCUCUAUUUAAAUCAAUUUGAUUUCAAGUGAGUUUCUAAAUUCACACUUACCGCACACUACUGUACAUGAAAUACAGAUUUUUCAGUUGUGGGCCCCAGACUCAGUGUUGAAAUUGCAGUAAACACAGGGCAACCACUUGGGAUUUAAACAAACCACAACUUUAUUGAAUACAGAUGUCAACAGGUUUGGACAUAGGCAUUUGGUGUGAGGGAGAGGGGGUGAGGAGGCCCUCUGGCACUGAGCGCUUCCUGGCACCCCACUACAGUUGCCGCUGCUGCCUCCUGUAGCCCCGAAAUCCUACCCUGCUAUUAAGGAUUGGCGCUUAAAAGUGUCUUUUGUUCAACAAUCUGCUGCCACUCACUGAAGAAAACACUUGGGAGGCCCAGCUUCAGUUUCGGACACUUCCAGGGCCCAUGAUCUUCUUUGGGAGCCUCCUGGCAAUGUCCUUCUUUGGCAGAGACCAAGCUGUGACUGAAAACAGAGCCCAGGCUCGGCUGCUUUAUAUGCCAUGGGAACAGACCAGACGGAAGCCAGGGAGACUAAGUCUUCCUUCUGGUCUGCCCCCAAGCUGCACCCGCAAGCUUGCCUGUGAUUGGCUGAGACCAUGGAUGAGCCCCAGCAGUUAGCAUAGCUUGCGGGGGGAGGAAGCAAUGUUUGCCCAGGCCACGGCGAAGCCAGGCAGGCACCUGCUGCCGCCACCUGUGCUGGACUGUAAGUGGCGUCUCCCAGCAGGUAAGCGGCCACUUUAUUCCUAAAUAUACCUGUAUAGAUGUCCUACAGGUGACAACGAAUGCAUUCAAAGCUGGUCUUCCGAGAUCACAGCAUUAGCUUAUCACAGCAGCCUUCCCCAACCUGUUGCCUUCCAGAUGUUUUGAACCACAGCUCCCGACAGUCAUGCUGAAAGAUUGGGGAAAGCUGCAAUAGGCAAGCACUCUUUGUUAUAACACUGUUAAUGAAAUGACACCUUGCUGUCAUGCUGAAGCAUUUCUUAGAAUGGAAAUUCUCUGCGUGUAUAAUCUACACCUACACAUAAGGAUUGAGAGAUUAUGGCACCAGUUCUAGUUACAGUAUCAGUGGGUCAAGGUAGAUGCAGUGAAUUUAAAACUCAUUGAUUUAAUUGGAAGCAUCCCAGAUUUUAAUGGGAUUGGGUCCUGUGUGUUCAUGGGAAAUACAUUAUGAAGACAUUAACGGUUUUGUCCUUAUACUUCCAGUUUUGAAUGCAUCUUGCUUUCGCAUGUUAUCACUUAUUUAUAUAAUGAGUAUUGUAAUUAUCUGCUGUUUCAUUCUACUUGAGGAAGAAUUAAGCUAGGGAUUGUUAGUACGGAAUACUGAUGCCCUGUUUACUUGGAAAGGAUAACCGUCAGUGCAUUACAUGAGACUUUCUUUUUUAAUUGCGAGGUGAUGGGCACAAUCCAGUGCUCUGUUAGGCUUGGUGCAGACGUAAUGUUCUUUAAGAGACUGGUGCUUGUUCAGGUAGUAAACCUGAAAACGUGAGUGCAAAAAGUGUAGGGAGCACACACAUCACCCCAACAUCCCCAUGUGUGCCACCCUCUUCGUUCAACCUGAACCCACAUGGGCAAAGAUGGGUGGAAUAACCCUUAAUCCUAUGCCAUGGUUAACGCUUAGCACACCCAUAGUAACAAAAUGUUAUCUCUGCAUAGGGCACUGGUGUGCUUAAGUCUCAUUGAUGUCAUGGGGUGUAAAUAUAGUAGGAAUUGCUGUUGUCUGACUUUAUAUUAGCUUGCAGAAUUUAAAGGCGAAAGGUGCUGGUCUCCUUGUAGCGUAAAUCGGGAUGAAUGAGGGAACAAGGUUUAAGUCAAUAUUCCUCCUAUUUAUUGUAAUGAUGUUUUUAUGAAAAAAAUAAUAUAUUUUGUAUAUUAAAAAGAUAUAUGUGUGACUUCAUUAGAAAGAAUGCAGAUUACCUAAAGAAUUUUUUAAAAUUGUAUGUAGACUUCAAUAUAAAUAAUGACUCAAUCCAGUUUUAUGAAAAAGCUGGUGGCUUAAGAUAUAUGAAUGCUUUGUGCCAUAUGUUAUAUCUUGUCUGUUGAAACACUACAGAAACAGAAUAAAUAACUAUUUUUUGUGGGGGGAGGCAAAUGCUGACCUAAUGGAUAAUCUAAGAAUCUGUUCAGAAAAAUUGUUGCCAUUGAUACCAUAUACAGAAUAUCACAUGAAACUGUGUGCUUUGGAGAUCUUAAUUGUAAAAUGCGGAACAAAAGCUACUUUUUUGUUACACUAUUUUUCCCCCUUCUUCUUUUUCUGCCUCUUUCAUGCAGCCAGAUUAUAAACUCUGCUUCUGCUUUUUAAAAAGGCAUCAUAGAAAUAAAUGACAAAACCUGUGUUUUCCAGGUUCUUACAACUAAUUUGAGGGGCCCUUUCCAGAGUGCUUAUCUUGUGGUACUGUGGUUGUAACUAUUUUUAAGGAGUAGUUACAAAUGAUUUGCUCUAGUCUUCUCUCAUAUGUAAUGUUUCUGUUUUUUUAAAAAAUUCUUGCCAUUAUCAUUCCACAAGCACACAGCAUGAAUAGCACAAAGUAAGUGAUGCAGGAAAAACCUCAGAAGAAAACCUGAUGAGAAUGUGUUUUGCUGCAGAAUUUGGGAUUUAUACUGUAUACAAUGCAGAAUCCAAUAAGGUACGACAGCAGUUGAUGGCUUUCUGCUGAUGAGCCAGCGGAUGUCUUUGGGGUAAUCCUUCCAGACUUCAUUGUGUUUCAAAGUGAAUUUUCAUUUCAUAUCAUUCUUGAAUUGGAUACUUCUGUAUUAAGCUUUUUAAAAGAGUUGUUUCAUUUCCUAAUAAGCAUUUUGACAUUAAAGAAUUGUUGCCUAAAA